GUAGAAGUUUAACAAGUCAGCGAGAGUCACAUACACUCCAGUAUUGGUAUUCGGCAUUGUGUGCCUCGCCUUGUCAUCAUUAGUGAUUGCUAUUAGAUAAUUAACAGAUUGACGGCAGUGAUCGCAUGUGCUCUUAAAAGAAUUAUCACAACCCUUGGUGAGUUGAGCCUGGUCCUUGUCUGAAAGGAAAUAUGACAAACGCCCCCUCCAAAAGGUUUUUCUAAGUCAUGGUGGACAUUUUACAAAUCGUUGUGUUGUCAAGUGGAGUUCUUCUGCUAUUUAUCACACUUGUAAAUGGUACAGACUCCGUAUGGACAGAAUGGUGGUGGACAUAUGAUGGGAUUGCAGGACCAGAUUGGUGGGGGUCAAGAUGGCCAAUAUGCCGUAUUGGGAAGUACCAGUCGCCGAUAGAUAUAAAACCAGAACGACUGCUGUUUGAUCCUAAAUUAUCAGGAAUUGUAUUUGCUAGUGAUAAAAAGAUAAAUGGUAACUUAACUAACACAGGAAAUGACAUUACUUUGUUUGUGGAAGAAGUGCUCAUACCUCAUCUGAAUGUCACGGCAGGACCGCUGCAGUAUAAUUAUCACGUACAUCAGAUGAAGCUGCAUUUCGGACAUGAUGAGUCGAGUGGUUCCGAGCACACAAUUAAUGGUCUUUCAUUUCCUGCAGAGUUGCAGAUUCUUGCCUUUAACGCAGACUUGUAUUCGAAUUACACACAUGCAUUGUCUUCCCCUAACGGCCUUGCAGCAUUUUCAAUAUUUCUUGAGGUGGGAGAAAAACCAAACGAAGCGUUUGCAAUGAUCACCGAUGCCUUAAAGCACAUUCCCUCAAAAGAUAAUCAGACGUGGAUAAGUGGUCUGCCGUUGCAUGUGUUGUUACCACAAACACCGCAGUAUAUUACAUACGAGGGUUCACUUACACAGCCACAAUGCCAGGAGACAGUUACAUGGGUUAUUUUUAAUAAACCUAUUUAUAUAACCGAAAACCAGUUAAGUCUAUUACGAAAUAUAAAUAAAGAAAGUGGAACACAUUUGCUGCUUUUUGGAAAUAUCCGUCCAUCACAGCCCGUCAAUAAUCGACUUCUCCGGACCAAUAUUAGUUUCAGACCAAGGACAAAAGCAUGUUCAAUGGCGAAGGAAGUUUUCUAUGAAGUGAACACAAUAAAGCCAAGGAGAGGAAGAUGAAUCCAUGAUACCAUAGAGACAUCUGAAAUUGUGAUACAUAUUCAAGUACCCAAAUGAUAAGUUGUGUGAUUGAAGUUUUCAUUGUUUAUAUGGGAUUGCAGUACAGACUCGAAACAACAAUUUGCCGACAGCAUUAGUAUUGUUUGGUUGAUAUUAAAGUAUAUGAAUGUAAGAGAACAUCGAUAUUCAAGCUCAAGUUUUAAAGUACAAGGAAAACAAAUGAUGUAAGAUUUUUCUGCCGUGUAAACUUGCCAUACAUUCUGUUUAUCUAUUUGUUGUCAGAGAAUGGAUUUAGCGAAGGCAGGCAUUGAGGCUUUCGCGGUUCUCAUUGUUUUCAAUGUUUAAGAAGUCAUUCGUAAUUUCUUUCCUAAUCAUUUUUGAAAAUAUCCUUAUCUCUCUGGAUAUAAUGAUCGAAUAAAUCUUCAAGGGCCUCUCCAAUGUCGUUGCGUGUGUUCAAUUUUGUAGGAAUGUCAGAAGUCUUUGACUACACAUUUCGGUCAAUUAAGAAUCCUAUAGAUAAUGAAAUGAAUUUGUUCAGGCAGAAAACGAUUGCAUUUCAAAUUUGGUUUUAGAUAACAUAUUACAUAUAUUUUGCAA